GCCCGCACACACAGAAGGGAGAGAGGCGACGCGAGCGACUAAAAGAGACACAAAUCUCGCUUUUGUCGCACCAGAAGCGACGUUAAUAUGUUGUUUGUACUCGCAGACGACUCGGGGUUGCGUUUUGACAGCGCCAGGACGGCGCUUGUUGACGACUGUUGUGAGCGCGGCUGGCGAUGAGGCCUUGGCUGUUGUGAAGGAAGUGGGGGGUUCGCUAGGCCCGGGAUUCGAGAGCCCUUGUGUGCGUGUGGUGUCUCUCGGUCUCCGGCACUCUCCUCCGUCCACGUAGCGCGGCUCUUAAAGUCGAGGGAGAAAAACACCGAGGGGGGGAAAAAAAACUGGAGAAAGCGAUAUCGUGAGGCCGGUCGUGGGGCAUGAGAGAGAGACGUUUAGACGCGCGGGGGUUUGGCGUUAAGACGGUAACGGGGUCGAAGCAUCGGGUAGGCAAUGCGCACUUUUCUUGUGUUUGGCCGCGGAGAAGUAUCCGAUGGUGGUGACUGCUAUUUUUAAGCGACGUUUUAUUUAUUUUUUAUGGAUUGAAGGUGGCGUUUAUGUGAACAUCAGAAGCCGCAGCAAGGCGGCUGCAUUAGCAGCAGGCAGCUGUCGACCACCGGCGCGGUGUGGACAUAAAAGGGGGGGGGGGGUAGUGUUGGUUCCUUUUGAGGUUGGCUCUGAGUCGUGCAAUGCUUGCUAUGCGAGAGGGCUCCUUUUUUGCCGUGGCUCAUUGUGAUGGCCAGUUUGGUGAAGUAUGGUAAUCCCCCCCUCCAUACGAACCGCACGAUUUGGGAAGGCCCUCAUCCAGCAGUGGAUUUACAAAUGGCUUGUACGUAUACAUGGUAUGAGGAUUGAGACGUUUUUGAGCCAUUCCAGAUAGGUUAACGCGCAAAGGUCAACGAAUGAUGAUUUUUCCAGCCGGCUCGUUUGUUGGGUCUGGUGCCUGGAUUUAUUAUCUGCACCGCCGUGUUAUUAAAGUGGAGAUCCUUGAGAUCACCGUUGUGUGGUAAUUUUCUCGUUUCAUGUUGACCGGAUUGAAUAGAUUUAUCGGGGCCUUUGUGGGUGCUGCAGUGCUUCUUAGAUGGUCAUCCUCGUGUGAUGGGAUUUAAAGUGGAACGCUUUCACGUUUUGGCAUGUUUGGCAGGAUGGCAUGGAGUGUGGAAGGCCCCAUAUAGUACGUGUUGUCAUCGUUUAACGGUAGCUCUGAAGCGCACACAUGUAAUGUUGGAAUCUUAUAUUACCUCUGUGUGUGCAGAAUUGUAAACAAACUGAAAGAAUACUGAACAGCUUUCCUUCAGAAUCGUGUUUUUAAAUUUGCUAUGGUUGUGUUUUAACGAGCAUGCAUUCACUGGUUUCGAUAACAUCACAGUGGCACUUUCUCACAGCCACUUUCAUUUGCAUUCUUAAAAAUUCAGUUUGCUAAUGCAUCGGAGAGGUACAAAAGCAUAUAGGGCCCUGUCUGAACAAUUUAUUUGGUGCUAAAGCACCGCUCUUUUUUGCUAGGAUGACUUUCAUCCGUAGGUUAUCUUUAAAACAUGAAUCCUGCCCCUUGACUUUCAGUGCCGGCCAGUGGAACCGUGAUAUAUUUACACCUCGAACGAUUGCAGAAUCACAAAACCUAAAGACCACGGAAGUACUUGUUUCGCUGAAAAUACAAGUACCGUGCCUCAUUUUUUUUUAAAAUAACAAUAUUGAGUUAGAUGGGAAGGUUUUUGUUAAUGCACAUAAUUCAAGUUGAGAGUUGGUCUACGAUUGUGUUUUCCAGGCAUUGGUCCUAAUGUAUUCCGUUUUGAGACUUUCAGUUUGCCAUGCUUUGUGAAAGAAUUAACUUGAGGGUUUUUCUGUCUUCAGCUGAACUUUAAUACGUGCGAUUUUUGCAUGCCAGUGGAUUUUCUGUUGCAGGCAGUAACUUGUACACGGGCUAUAAAACCUUCAGCACUUCAACCAAUUACUGGUUCGCACGUGAAGAAAAAAUGAAUCGCUACACCCAGUUUUCCAUACAUGCCUUGCUUUAUAUUUGUUCCAUCAACUUAGGUGUCAAAAGGCAGUACAGUAUCUCGUUUGUGUACAGUAACUGUUUGUCCCAGUUUAAUGGCAUUGGUGUUACACAUUAACAGCUUUUUUUAAAAUGUCUGCCAAGGAACUUCAUAGUAUGUAGAAAGCAACAUUUAUGUCUCAAUGCCUUGCACCGUUUUCUGUCCCAUACAACCAUGUCCUUGUAUGCUUGUUAAGCUUUGCAAAAUUCAUAACGUUGAGCCGUAGAGAUCUUUAGCGUGUAAGAAUGUCUCCCACCUUAACUGUGCAUUGCUUUUGUAAAUAUUGUGAACGUUGUGUGCAGCGGUGUGAUUUUUUUGUAAGAUACAGGUCCGUUAUGCAACAUUGACAUUCAAGUUUGGUACAGUGAGAUGGCAGCAGCAUUAACACACCAGCCGCAUCGGUUUUUGUGUGCGGUGCUGCAGCUGUUCAUAGCACCUUUGUUUUUAAAUAGAAUGACGCACAAGCAUAGCCUUGGCAGGAAACUUGCAGCACUCUGAACACAUCUAGAUAGAUCUCUACUCUUUGUAACCCACAUUACGUGCUGCCGCACUGUUAUUUCGUAGUCUUGGGGAAACGGCUGUGGUCGUGGAAUGAAGGGGGGGGGGUACAACAGAGGUCGAAUGAGGCCCGGUAGUGUGGCUGUAAUCCAGGCUGCGUGCAUCCAUUAUCAGCAGUCAGGAUUCGUACUGCGUUUGUUGCUGAGUAGGCCCAACACGUCCGUGAGGAACGGAGGGCACACGUCGCUAUACCCGUGUUGAGCCCUCCUUUGUACGAUUAGGCAAAGCACUGCCAUGGCACGAUAACAAUGCUAUUACUGGCUACUUCAAUAGCGACUUGCUGGUAUUUGGCCCUCAUGUUAACAUUCAUGUUGAUGAAGAAUUCCGUUUCACAUACGUGCCCUGUAUUUAUUUUGCCCGCCUUCGCUUAGUGGAAAACUUGCAUUUACGCGUUUAACAUUCCACGAGAACAUUUCAGUGAUUGCACAUUUGUGCAUACAGUGUUCUCCAUUGUUUCAUUUCAGUACAGUUCUGUGCAGUGUUGGGCUUGCUUUCUACUGUUGUACUGACACUCCUGAUGCAUCGUCUGUUUUUUAAAAAAUUGGAUUAAACAUGCAUUUUUCUACAUUUAAAAAUAUGCUUUGAAAUGUUCAAAAAGGAAGGUUUUCUUCAAUGUAGGUUUUUGGAAAGGUUGAACCUCGGCCAUGAUUUCGGCAACUCGCUAUAGUGUUACUACCGGUUUUGUGGCAAGACUUUUAAGAUUCCAUUGCUCAAUUCGCCAUGUGCUCAAAGCAUAUAGUACUAGAAUCAACCCGACUGUUCUUUUAUUACCCGGUUAAGGAAUCCCUAUCGACAAUAACUUGUAUCGAAAAUGCAGGUUUGCAAGCAAUGGUAAAGUGUAAAGCCCUAUUAUGCUGUCUGGACCUUUUUAUAAUAUGUAGGACUGCUUGCAGAACUUUACUCCAAAUGAGACAACAUCUAGGGUUGACAGGGUUUUUUCUCCAACAGGAUUUACCCACAUGGCAGCUUGCAUGGCUUCUAUAAUCUGAGCUUACGAUUCGGGGCACACGUCAGGGCAGAUGUUUUCCUGGUGGUGGGCCCCUGUAUUCGGCCGAGAGGAGCCUCUGGAUGGAAGAUGAGAGAUGAGCUACCGUUAUAAAGCCAGUCUUGUUGACUGGAAGUUCUGUCUGCUUGUACAAGCCUGCAUUCCGGAGAGCUUUAAUCUGUCUUAUACCUCGAGUCAUCGUGAUUUAAUUGUUUCUCUCAGUGUUUCGGUUGAAUUUAGCAGCGUGCUAUCAAGGAGAGAAGCUACUUUUUUUCUUUCUGGAAGAGUGCAGUCUAAUUGUUUAUAUAUUUUGGCCAUUACGGCGACAGCAUAGUAUUUUGAAAUAAAAUAAAAGGUAAUGGGCAAUUUUUUUAUGCAUUUGCUGUCUUUUAAAACGUCUUUAUCACCAUCAAUGUGAGUGUGCAGCAGUUUAGAUCCUCUCUGCCCAUCAUAUAAAGUUUAUUUUGGAAAGAGUGUGGGUGCCACAAGGAAAUCUAACCAAUCUGGACAGUAGAUAGGUGAUUGGUGUAUGUAUCACUGUACAGUAGCAUAUAAACGUGGCAGACUUUACUGUACGUAGAGCUGACUUUUACAGGUACUGCACAUUGCCAUUUAUCGUGUUUACUCAGUGUACUCGUGUUUGUUGUCUUCAGGACUUCCCAUUGAAAAUUGUACACACAUCACCAUGCAUUUUGUCCCUUGUUUUACACAAUUUAUCAUUUAGUUUUUUGUCUAAAAGUGAAUUACUGCAUCUACCUGAUGGUAAAUAAUGUAAUUGAUCAUUUAGGCAUAUAUCAUUAUGAAGCUGAAAACUGUAAUUUGAUUUGUUUAAUCUUGCCAAUACCAGUUACAAUAAAAUUGCCUUCAGUGUGGGCAAUCCUGUCUGCGGUGCCCUUAAGGAUGACAGCAUCCAUUGCUUUUAUCACAGACUGCUCAACAUUAAAACAUCACUUUAAAAGAGAAAAUUAGGUUUGAAAAUAUUUAGCAAAGCCAUCAAAAACCCUCUUCCCUGGAAGUAACUGGCAUAAUAACACUGAAAUGAAUGUCAUUUCUGUUUGCUAAUGAAAGCAAUUAAUGUUUCGGCUUCGAAGUUUAGUCAGAGUAAUGGUCACACAGAUAAGAAGAUGUGGGUUAUGGAACAGUUAUAAACCAACCAUAUCACAGUCCUUAUAAAAUAUGCAGCGUCCUAGAUAAACAACAACGUGAAGCGUUACAUGUUCUCUCAGUUGCCUUCCUAAAGGCUGGUGGUGAUGUUCAGUCUUCCACACUGAAGAAAGUCUAGCUUGGAAUUAAAACAAAAGGGUUGUUUUAAAAGACAAAAACACUUUUUAAAAACACAUCUCUACAUUGUGCCAUUUGUUCUUAAGGGAAAUAUUCGAAAGCCUGAAUAAAUAUUUCUAUUUGGCUUAACCAAGUAAGCUAAAUUGCAAUUUCCUGCCGCAGUUUUCAUUACGUAAACAAACUCAGGAAAUCUCUAAGAUCAUGUGAUGUGCUUUUAAGAUGAGAUAUUUUGCGCACCAGUUAACUGUAGUAUGUAUGUGCUAUUUCCUACUAUUAAGAUAUCAGAUUUUUGUAAAAUAUUGUCCUUUGUUGAAAGUGGGGGGGGGGGGUUCAUAAAUUAACUGCAAUAGAGCUCCCAAUGUAGGUGGUCGAAUGCAUGAUUUGUAACUUUUACUGCACUAAUGACAUUGCGUUACAACCAGGUUUGUUAAGAUUUUGCAAAGAAAAUAAAAACGGCCAAACUUCUCUUCUCGAUAUAUUACAUAAAACUGAAGAUUAUGACGCUUUCCUUGGAGCUGUAGUGGUGUGUUUGGAGUUUAAAUGGGGUAAAUUUCACAUUGGUGGCACGCACAUUCGUAGAAAAGAUUAUUUUGAGCAAAGUAGACAACAUUAUUUCUCCAAGGCAGCCUUUGUUGCGUUUUCACAUAAAGCUGAUCAGUCAUUGGAAUAGUUAUCGAGGAAUAAGCUAAUUUUAAUUCCAAAUAAAGUGCUGGAUAUUAUAAUCCUCAGCAGAAUGGAACGCUGUGUACCGUUUUGAAUGCUUUGUUGGGAAUAGUGUGGGGUCAAAGGCUAAAAUAGUUGUACAGUAUUGAUCGUUUCCCCAGAUACAAAUUGCGAAAUAGUUGAAAAUAUUCCAGAAAUAAUUAUAUUACAUCGUUAACCUACUUUUUACCCGAGUUGUAUUUUUUUAACACAUCUUACUAAAUACAUGCUUAUUCUCUAAUGCUAACAUCUUGUGGUCUCUGUAGUAGAUUUUGAAUGUUUAUUAUUAAAAUCAAGACUAAUCAAUAAGUUGCACCACUUUAAAUCCACUUUUAUCGAGUGUCUUAUAUCCAAGUAUGCAAUUCAGAAACAUAGCUAUUUACCGCCUCUCUCUUCACUUAUGUACACAACAUUGCAUCAUCUUAUAUGUUCACAAAAAUAUGCCAUACCUCUGUACAUGUUAAAGCAACGUAAUUGUAUCGAUCUUGUGAGGUUCUUGUCAAUAAACUAGGACGGGAAAAUAUCAUGGGUGGAAUGAUGCUAUACCCCCCACCCCCGUAAAUUAAUGAAUUGCUAUGUUUCGUUUGUGAUUCAAUUCAAGAAUCGAUUAUUUUUAUUUGCAUUUUCGUGAAAGGCAUAGUGACCGCAGUGGCUUGCAGAGGUGGUGACAUGAGCACAUUACAUAGAAUAUAUACGAAUAAAUAACACAUCUAUCCUCGCACACAAUUUGAUGCACGUAUAAUGAGCUGAAGAAUCAAAUAUUCAUUGAAAAAUAAUCUCUACUCAGCCGAGAGGUUGCAUUUACAGACCUGGAUUCGUUUUGCAAUGGUCCUUGGGGUGGUGGGAUAUUCACAUUGACAAACAAAAACUUGAGGAAAUUUGUUACCGUCAAGUCUCACAUUGUCGUUGGAUGUGACCAAUUGUGGUUGAUGUUGACAUUGUUUUGGCUGGCAGAAUGCAGAGUCUGCUUGUGGCGUUAGAUGUAAGCCACAGCCAUUGGAGCUUAAAAUAUGUGGGAAUGGUAAAUGACAGUUUUAGUGUAUGUUGUGUGUUUGGAGCCUUGUUCAUUCAAGGUCGGUGUAUUUAGGUACACAGAAGGUCUCGGGGAGUGUCAAGGCCUGGAAGGAUUAAUGGAGGCCUCUUCUGUGUUCUUGAAGGUUUUGUCUGUAUGGAAAUAAGGUCUGAAUUUGUGCAGUAAAUUACAUUUCUACAGAAAGUUCGUAUGGAAAUCACGCUUGAAGGAGCUUAUAGCUUAAGUCAUAGUUUAGGCCUUUUUCGACAUACUGUAUUUAAACCCUUGAAAUGCACUGCUUUAUCCUCGUAUGUAUACAGGAGAUAGGUAAAAAGAUUUGAGGUCGAGGUGCUAAAAUGCAAACCGGACUGACCCAUUUUGUUUACAAUGCUAAUGUAAUCGAAUACAAGCAUUUGACUACGGGAGUUACCAUGAUAUUUUGAAACAAAUAACAUUGAGUGUGCUUUUAAUAUCACAUUUACAGAUCCAAUCACCCUUAACGUACAUGUCGGUACAGUAUUUUUGUGUGUGCUUGUUUGUAUAUAGUGUGUGUGUGUAGGAGUGUGUGCUUUUAUGUUUUAAUAAUGGCACGUACAGUGCAGGGUGUGUGUAUUUUAAGGUCACGACAUAGUGGCAUAGUUGGGUUUUAAUUUAAGAUCUAUACAUUAUAGAAUGUCGUGGAACACUAAAACAUGAAAUUACCUUGCCCAAAACACGAUUGACAAAGAGGCAGGCAGGCAUCGUCGUGUUCUGUAUAGCCAGGGCAGUUUCCAGGGAGACUGUGUGCACAGUGGAGAUCAAGAGAGCCUGUGCCUGAAUUUACAGUCAAUGCUUGUGAGCAGUAAUGUGAAAACCCGCAUCUUCUACCGUUCCUUUCCCUCUCUCUCCAUAUUUCUAGGAACGUAAUCAAAAUUGAAGAACAAGGAAAAAUACGCUAUUACUGUUAUUUUAGUAGGGCCUCACCGUUCAUGUUGUUGGCAUUCGCACCAAAUAUCUGCGCACAUUUUAUCAUGCGUUCGAUUUAUCAAUUUGAGCCACCGCGAGACGUUGUACAGUGCCGUUUUCAAGCGUGGCCUUGCGAAUUGUGGCCUGGCCUCCACGGGAUUGUGCGUCAUCGCCGUUCAUUCAAAACACACGUUUACCCCCCUCCCCUUACGUUCAUUGACAGGAACGAGUCUGGAGACAUUACAAAUCCCGCUGCUGUUUUCUCUACCUUUUAAUUAGCCCGGGCUCAACAAAUGAAAAACACCGUUUGUCUAGAGACCUCGGGUCGGUAGUGUCUCUAGAAAACGGUGGACAAUGAUGUUGCGGACGUGUGAGUCCGGCAGCUGAAGCGAUCGCUGGAAGAUGCCCAAGUUUGGCCUCUCAAGGACUACACAGUCUGAGAGCGCAGCAAGCCACAGCAACAUGGUGGAAAAACCUCUGGGAAAGGCACCCAGCACCAACAGCAAUAUUAUGGAAAAACAGAACAAGAAGGAUAAGGAGAAAGCUGGCGAAAACCGGAUACCCAAGUUGGACCGUGGUGAACUGGAAAAGGAUGGGAAAGAUAAAACAUCCAAACGCAAGCUUCCUUUCGCCAGCAGCCCUAACAGUCACCAGCACAACAACUCUGAUUCUGACUCUGACUGUGAACGUUCGAACGAUUCGUGGCUCGACCGUUCGACUUCUAACAUCUCUUCGCCGUCUUACAAAACGCACACAGAGAAGCCAGCGCCUCCUGAGCGCAAGCGGAUGAGGAAAGACUCGGGCAGUGCCCGCAAGGAAGCGGGCGGCGGUGGUGGCCGAAAACUGGGCGCCUUCCUGAGCCAGUCGCCCGGCCUGCGCCUCGGCUAUCCAUUAUCGGAGCGCCAGCAGAUGGCAUUGCUCCUACAGAUGACUGCCGAGAGUACCAACAGUCCAGACGGCGUGGCGAAGGACGGCGCCCCGGGUGCGGCGACAGGGCAGCGCAAAGGGUCGACGGGUGCAGCGCGGCCCAAGGACAAGGUGAACAAGCGCAACGAGCGCGGAGAGACAUCGCUGCAUAUGGCCGCCAUCCGGGGAGAGGUGCGGCAACUCCGUGAGCUCAUCUCGCGCGGUGCUGACGUGAACGUCAAGGACUUCGCAGGCUGGACACCUCUGCACGAGGCGUGUAACCAUGGCUACUAUGCUGUAGCCAAGCAGCUGCUCCUUGCUGGGGCGGACGUGAACACCCGCGGUCUGGACGAUGACACCCCACUCCACGAUGCCGCCAGCAACGGAUACCUGGGCGUGGUACGGUUGCUGAUGCGGUACAACGCUGACCCCUACCAGAAGAACGCCAAGGGGGAGUGUCCCGUGGAUGUCGCGUGCUCGACCACGGUGGAGAAGCUGCUGCGCAAGGAGCUGUCGUGGUCCGCCACCGAAGACAGCUCUGCAGACUCGGAGGAGGAGCCAGUGUCCGUGGCACCAUCAGGCCCAGACGAGGACCUGUCGGACUCGGAGGUGGAUGGAAAGCCCAGCAAGCACCACCGUAAGGCGCCCGCCACUCCGGGGAAAACCAUCGGCGGCGGCACGGCCACGUCGGCCUCCACCGUGUCGACGCCAGCGCGGCCCGUCAAAGACGAGUACGAGUUUGACGAGGACGAUGAUGACCUCAUCACUUUCAAGCCGGCCGAUGACAAGCACCUCCUCAAAAAGGGCCUCAAAAAAGAUCGAGACGAUGACCCGGACUAUGUCGUCAGCCCUCCUGCCAAGCACGGAAAGUCGGGCUCAACAAAAAAACCAGUGCUGAAAACGCGUAAGAAGGCAACUCGGAGGAUUGAGUCGGACACUGAGAGCUCGGAGGAGGAGGAUUUGCCUGUGAUAGACUUUGGGGUGGCUUCCAUAAAAUACAAAACGGACUUUGGAAAGUCAACGCAGAGGUCAGAUGUGACUAGUGGUGGUGGUGGUGGUGGCGUCAAAGAAUCUCCGGCAAAAAACCAGGUCAAGGAGAAACCGAAGGAGAAACAGAAACUAAAAGCACAGCAUCCCAACAAGGAGAACAACAAAAUUGUGAAAGGAGAAAAGGCCAAGUUGGUGAACUCCUUGUUACUAACAGACUCAUCGGACAGCGAGAUUUUUGAGCAGCCAAAAUUGCGGGAGGUAGUGCGGACAUACAGUGGGGUGAAAACAGGGAGCUUGACAUCAUCUACAUCAUCAGUUUUGCUUACAGGAAAGUCAUCAGAUAAGCAUUCAAAGGCUUCACGGGCGGACGGCCUGAAAUCGGGCAUGUCUCCAGCGAACUCGGAUGUGAGCUUCCAGUCCGGCUCUGUACGUACUGAGCUGAACUCUGACUCGGAUGACCGCACGUCCGAGACGUGCAGCAGCAGCGGCAAGUCGCUGAAGAGAAAGAAGAAAAACAAACACCGGCGGCGGGAGAAAUCGACGGAGAGGCCCACGUGGCAUGUCGGCGACGCAGUGCUGUCCCCACAGGGGCGUGACUCGGAUGCCACGCCAACUGGGUCGGGUCGCUUCACCGGGGAGGAUGGAGCAGGUGGUCUCGCCCGGGCUGUGGAUGUGGAAGGGAAGGUGGUGAAGAAGCACAAGGUGAAGCACAAGAAGAAGGACCGGGAGAAAGGGGACACCGGGCCCGAGAGUGAGCGGUCUGAGUUCAAGGGAAACACGUCGCGGCCGGCCACGCCUGGGCGGUCGGCCGAGACAGGUGGCGGUGGGCGGUUCCAGACACCGCUGAGGUUGCAGAGCCCCCCGCCAGAAAAGCCACCUUGGGAUAGCGCUCAGGAGGUUGACAACUUGGAGGUGAGGAGAAAGGAAGACAAGCUGAAGCAGUCGAAAGACGACCGGGAGAGAGACAAGCUGAAAAAGAAGAAGAAAAAGAAGAAAAAACACCAGAGCGACGGAGAGGAAGAGAGGAGAAUCGGUUCACACCUGCAUCGUACAAGCACGGACGAAAGGCUGUGGAGCCAAUCGCCUGACCCUCAUAACACGAAAACUCAAUCAAGUCCACUAACGGACAACAAAAACUGCUUCCCAGUUGAGAGAAAAGAGAAAAAGAACAUCCAGAACUUGGAGAAAAAAGAACAGAAGGACGAGCAGAUAUCUGAGAAGAAAUCUAAAGACCUCGCUGCCGAAGAAAGACUAUCAGCGCACCACUGGCAUGGCACGGAGGAGAGGAGAGGCAGCAAGUCAUUUGAGAAGAAAGACGAUACGUCUCAUCACACAGUGGCUCUGAAACAUGGCGGGGAUGAUCGGCGAGCAAGUUUGAACACAGACAAGAAGCCAAAGGAGGAGCUUUUCCAAGCGCAGAGACCGAGUGGAGAGGAGAGGCGAGGGAGUCAUUCGGAGAAAAAAGAGAAGAAAAACCAGCCAGAUGAUCGGAAAUCAAGGGAAGAAGUGCCAGAGCAUGUGCUUUUUCAGCAACACAGCGGAGAAGACAAGAAAGAGAGCUUGCAAAGGCACGGUCCUGAUGAGCGGAGGGGAAGCCAGAUGCUUGAGCGAAAGGAGAAAAAAGAGACAACACUGACAGAAAAGAAGUCUAAGGAGCAUUCUGAGCAGGCAGUGUUACAUCGAAAAAGUUCAGAUGAAAAGAAGGAGAGUCAGCACAAGUCGGGUAUCGAUGAGAGGAGGAUCAAAUCCGACCGUAAGCUUAAUGACAAUUCACUGUCUCAGACUCAUUCGACCAGACAACCAAGCAAGGACAAGGAAGCAGGUUUGCAGACUGCAACGGGAGCCUUUCAGAGACUUAACAGCGAGGAGAAAAAGGGCGGAAGCCACCACAAACACAGCUCUGAUGAAAGGCGAAGCAGCCUGCCAGGAGAGAAGAAACCCAAGAAAGAUGAGCACUCACUGGACAGAAAGAACAAAACAGAGCAGCCGCAAAAGGUGCCAUCGGGGGCAGGAGCCCCGGUCACCGAGGAGCGUAGGCCGAGUAUCCCGACGGAAAAGAAAGACAAAAUUGUCACCCUUGAAAAGCGUGACAGGAGUGAGGCUGAGAGGAAGGAGAAGAAAAAAGUGAAAGAAACGUCGGAGCAAGAUGCCACGCACAAGCACCGGACAGACGAGAGGAGGGACAGCCAACACAAGCACAAGCCGCCAACAGGCGAGGAGCGGAGGGGCAGCUUUUCCACAAGCCAGAAGCUGAAGGAGAGACCCGCGCACUCUGUGAAUCCAGAAGAGAGGAGAGCGAGUUUGAGCGUCAUCGCCGACAAGAAGGAUAUCGUCGAGGUUCAGCAGCAGGAGAAAAAGGGCAAGGAUGGAUCAAUGCUUCUCAAGGCAAUGUCCGAAGAGGCGAAGACUGCUAAAAAGGAGACGCUAGCAGCCGUAGCCUCGCUCGCAGAAAAAAAGAGCAAGUCGAGUCAUUCGGACAAGGAAAAGUACAAGCGUGAGCGAGAAAAGUCAUUGGAGAUGGCUGAAAAGAAGUCUCAGAAUAAGGAUCGGACCAAAGAGAAAGAGCGAGAAAAGCCAGAGAAAAAGCACUUGGAGCGGGGGGAUGGUACUCCUGCCACCACAGCUGCCACUACAAAAACAGAGCCCAAGUCGGACGACCACAACUCUGAGGUGGAAGAGAUGUUUGAAAAGCUGUUCAACCGCAACCACCAAAAAACUGUGGACGAGUCCCAUGACAUGGAUUACGAUGAGGCAGCAGAGGCCAGCAAAGAACUGAUUGCAGCUGAGAAUCUGUCGUACAUGGAUUGGAACCUGAGCGAACCCGAGCUGGAGAGCAUCGUGUUUUGUCAGAACUUUGAUGAUGUCGAUAAGACGAAGGAAAGCCUCGACAAGCGGCCUGUCAGAGAAGAGGUGGAAAAAGAAAAGUAUGCUGUUGACAAAGACCUGAUGGAAAAGAAGAAAGAAACGUUGAUCUUGCCACAGAAAUCUGAGGAACCGAAUUUCGAUGUGAAAGAUCUCAAGAAGGGUGAAAAGAAAGAGAAAGACCCACACAAAGAUAAGCGUAUUAAAGAAAAGGAGAAGGUGAAAGACAGAAGCAGCUCUUUUCCACAAAUAACAAAGCAUCCCAAAGAUGACAGGCGGUGCUCACUAAGGGAAAAUGACAUUGGAGAGCGCAACAGCAAAGAUCCGGGUAGCAAGCAGUGGUGUUCCAAAGACGUUCCAAAGCCACGGGAGUCCGAAAAACCUGCAGACAUUAAGGAUAAGGAGACUGCAGACAAGGACAGGAAACUGGUGUCUGCAAAGCCAAAACCUCGUGUGGAAGUUGGGGAGCCAGACAGUAAACUCACGAAAACCAAGGAGGUUACGGUGGCAGCACGGGAUGCCAAACCAAAGGAGAAAGUUCUUGGUGCCAGUGACUUAAUGAUGACGAGCUUUGAGCUGAUGCUGAGUCAGAAGGACAUUGAGAUGGAGGAGAGACACAAGAGGCACAAGGAAAAGAAGAGACUUAGGGAGCGGGAGAGGAUGAGGCAUCGCUCGGGAAGUGACGUUCGAUCGAAGGAGCGGGAAAAGCCUCCUGGCGUCGCUGACGUGCGGAGCAAGGAGUUUCCCAAACUGCAGAAACCAGCCACGCCCGACAUCCAGGUGAAAGAAAAGAGGUUACAGGACCUGAGCAACGCCACGCUCGUUCCACCCGAGAGCAAGCUAAGCUCACCGUUGCGAAGAGACAUUAAGGAUUGUGCUCUUCCUGGCGGCGCGGAAAACUCAAUAUUCGCAUCUCCAAAACCUGAACUCGCGAGACCCAUGUUUUCGCCAAGUACGUCGGUCACCAUGGUGCCCAUCCCAAACUUUGAUGAGACGGCGGUGGUGGCGGUAGCGGCCGCAAGCUCUCCUUACUCGAUUGUGGCGGAAACAUCAUUUGACUCCAUUGAUUUUCCCCGAGCUCCAUGUGCAAAAUCUCCACCGCAAGAGAGUGUCCCUCCAGCGAUGCCCGAGCAAGAAGCCACCUUAUCGCCAUGCAUGAGUGAGAAAAGGGACAUCGAUCCGCUGACCUUCCAGCAGCCUGUACCUGAAGAGAGCUGCUGGACCAUCCCUCAGCCUGAAAUGACUGAGCACAAGCCCCUCGAGCAGUUUCAUGCCACGGAGCGAUCUCUGCCGAGUGUCAUCAACAUCAGCAGUGGUGGCAACAAUGACAGUUGUGAGGAGAGGCUCACCGUACCUGCUGACGAGUGCUUAAGUCUGUCUCCGAGCUACACUGUCAUCUCUGCGUGCUCUCCUCAGUACCAGACUGUAUCGCCAGCCGCGGAGCCCGAAAAUGAAGAACCGGAGGUGCUUGAGGAUCUGCCGGAGAGCAAGAGCUCACCAUCUUCCUGUUUUGGUUACCAGUCUCCGCACACUGACAAAAUCGAGGCUCUGCCAGACAGCAGGCAGCUACUGCCCUUGGAGAGCACUCUCCCAUUACCGCCGUACAUCCCGGUGCCACCUCCGACAGAGACGGGCUGCCUGCUUGAACACGAGACAGACGACUUGCGGACUGACUUGGAGACGCCUCAAUUGUCGCAUUACGUACCAGUGGCCUCGGCUCCGGACGUGAGCGCAUUCACUCCAGAGGCCAUCCCCAUGAUGCAUCAGAAGGCGGCCGAGGUUCUGUUGUCACCGAGAUACCCUCCUGCCCCGUCAGACUUAGAACUGGUGGAUGAGAGUGCGGCCAUCUCAAUGCAGCACACGCUGAGGCCGCCCAGCACCUGUCCCACUGCCCUUUCGGAAGCUGCCUCCUUCCAGUCGCCACAAUACACAGCGACGUCACCCCAUAAGGACACUACUGAUACAGAUAUUAUGUUGGACAGCAAGCUCUUGCAAGAGCCCAAGCCAUUUGUACCGACAUCGCCCUGCUAUGAACUUGUCUCACCAAAGCAGGAUUCCGUGCCGUUCAUGCCGGAGCCACCGAGCAUUCAGCACCCUGUGUUUGACCAGGCAAUGACCAGUGAGGAGGCUGGCCGGGUAAUGCCGGACAAACAGGAACCCCAGCCACCCAUCGCUGGAUUUCAAUCACCGCCAUAUGUUUCACCUUCGAACAGGGGCCUCAAGGAGAUCCAUUCACCAAGGGCUGACUUUCUGCCAGACGCCAGUGGGCGGUACGCGCUUCCACGCUACAAUUUGCCAUCGACGAAUGACACACGGAGCUUCCUGUCGGAGACGACGAGCUUCCUGUCAGAGAAGCGCAACUUCCUCUCGGAGACGACAGACAUUCUGUCCGAGACGAGGAGCAUGCUCAACACGGUCAACUUCCUGUCGCCGAGGCACAGCUUCAAUGGGGGAGGCCCAAUGGAGAACCUGCCAGAGCUCCCGAGCACCACGAUAAACCUAGGCCUCCCACAGAUGUCUGUCGUUCAGGUGUGCACCAACGCUCAGCAGAGCCAGCUGCCACACACCGAGCUGAAGACAGUUGGCAACUUUCUGGCGGACACUGUGGCGCCCCAGAUGAAUACGCCAAUGCCCAUGCAGCCACUGCCGGACCUUUUCAGCCCCUGCAAACAGUGGGAAUCGCCAACUGAUGGUACCCAGCUAAAGCUUACCACUCCUGUCAGCGCCCCGGUCAGUGUCAUGCCGCCCUUCCACAGUCAGAUCCUUACGUCGGCCUCGCCUGGCCGGAUAGCGGACAGUACAGUGGCAAUGCCAGUGAGCAACAGCCUGUUCAGCUACACGUUGCACGAUGACAUCGAGGCAAAGCUGAAAUCGCCGCAAUGCUGCCACCUGCCGGAUCCCCCUCCAAGGCCACCCCCCGAUGCGCCUGAAGCAUCGGAGAACAUUCUUUCGGUGUCAUUUUCAUCUUCUUCUUCGUCCUCGUCGUCAUCCUCGUCCCCGUUCCGGUACUCGCGCUCCGUACUGGACUGCGAGCCCGAACCAACCGGGAGCGACCUGGACCGCAUCCUCAGCAACAUGCAGGGAGACCCUGCGUCGGCGGCACUCGGGCACCCCUCCAACGCCGACCAGCUGCUGGAUGCGCUGGACUUCCCGUCUGUGCCGGAGCGGCGGAGCGAGGCGGAGGUGGAGCCGGAAAACGAAGCGGAGCACGCCGUGACGCCGGCCGUGCCUCCCGCCGUGGCGCCCGCCAUCAUCCACGCUGUGCCCCCCGCCAUCAUCCACGCUGUGCCCCCCGCCAUCAUCCAUGCCGUGGCCCCAGCCUCGGACUGCAAGGAGGCAGCCAGCCUGGCGCUGCAUGUGCAGGAGCAAGAAGUGUUUGACAGCCUCUCAGCCGCCGCUGUGCCGAGACCAUCAGAGCCACCACCCAUUGCCGACGUGCCCGCUCCCUUCUUGGACCCCCUCAGUGCCGCGCCGGACCCCGACUCGCAGGACGAUGAACUUCCGUCCACCGCCGCAUGCCUGGAGGCCAUAGCGGAGCUCAACAAGGUGAUCUGCGGGAGCAGCCUGAUACCGGAGCCAGAGGAGGCCAUGGACUUACGCGACCAGGUCUCGGACUCCCAGGAUGGUACAAGUGAUGGGGAUCAGGAAGAGAAGCCAUCGGCGGUGUUGACUGUGCCGACAGGGGCCGCUUACCCGGCUGGGUCGUUGGCUCAGGGCUCGGAGAGUGCAUCUGAUUCAGCGCUGUCACCGGCACAGCCCGAGAGAGAGGCAGCGGUGGCGAUGGAUGCUCCCAUUGCCGAAGAUGUGAAGCCACCACACGAUGCCAGUGAGGAAGCGGUACCGGACAGCGUUGAAGUGAAAGUGGUGGUGCCACAGGUUGUUGAAGGAGACGUAGCCGACCAGACAGAGAGGACUGCAUUAGACGCAGCCACGCAGUCGCCGCCACCUCCUGUAGAGAAACCAAAACAGGAGCAGGCGCUCACACCAGCGAAACCGGACCGGACGGCCGACGAGUUGGUAGCCCCUAACGUGGCUCCGGCGGCCCCAGCAACAACCCCUGCUCCCACCCCCGCGCCAUCGUCGGUGGUGGCGCCACCAUCGAGGGUGAUGACGCGCAGUCGUGCGAGCAUGGCAGCGGGAAAACAUGCAGGCAGCGCGCCUGCGGAGGGCACCGGGAAGACGGUGGCCACGCGCACCAAGUCCGGUGAGGACGAGAGAACGGCGGCGGGCGCGACGCACCACCCGUACAAGCGCAAGAUGCCGGCGCAGCCUGCGCUCGCGCGUGGCGGGGCACUCUCGCAGCAGGCGAGCGGGGGCUCGGCCUCCACCUCGGCGGCGCUGCAUGCGUCCACCGCGCUGCGACAGAGCAAGGAGGCGGCGCACCAGUCGCUGGCAGCGCUCGUGGACUCGCUGAAGCUGGAGGAGAUAAAGCCGUACCAGACGGCGCGCUCCAACCCGUACUUUGAGUUUGUGCAGAUGCGCAAGCGCAUCGAGGAGAGGCGGCGCCGCGUGAUGUGCUCCGUCACGCCACAGGCGCCGCAGUGCUACAGCGAAUACGUCACCUUCACUGGAUCCUACAUGCUGGACGGCAAACCCUCCAGCAAGCUGCACAUCCCCACCAUAACUCCUCCACCUUCACUGUGCGAGCCAAUGAAAGAGCUGUUCAGGCAACAAGAGAGUCGGCGCGUUAAACUGCGGUUGCAGCACAGCAUCGAGCGGGAGAAACUGAUUUUGUCUUGCGAACAAGAGAUCUUGAGGGUACAUUGCCGGGCUGCACGGACUAUCGCCAACCAGACUGUGCCGUUCAGCGCAUGCACCAUGCUGCUUGACUCGGAGGUGUACAAUAUGCCCCAUGUGCAACAGACUGAUGAGAAAACGUCAGUGAGGGACCGUUUCAAUGCCAGGCAAUUCAUCUCCUGGCUACAAGACGUGGAUGACAAGUACGACAAGAUGAAAACGAGCCUGCUGAUGCGACAGCAGCACGAGGCGGCGGCGCUGAAUGCCGUACAGCGCAUGGAGUGGCAGCAGAAGCAGGAGGAGUUGGAGCCCACGGCGGCCAUCAAGGCACACGGCGGCUUCGAGGUGCCACCCUUCUACGUGCCCAUGGUGGACGUGGAUGACGACUUCGACCUCCUCCCCGCCUGAGAGAUGCCGCCGCCGCCCCCACCCCCCACAUCGGCCAAGCGAGCGCUUGUCGUGAGAUUUAACGCAAACGGAACGGCAAUGGGGAACAGUAAAUAACCCAGGAAAGACAGCGACACCGCACGGUUUCACGUGCCACUGCGUUGAUUAUAUGGCUUCUGUUGCGGACUGCUGCAGGCAGUGCAAAGGUUGUUGGUAAUUGCUAAGCUAGGGCAAUUGUGGGUUUACAAAUGAGGAAUGAAAUGGCUAUCGCCCGCUGCCCCCGAGGGCUUUCAUUUCGUUGUGGUGUACGACGUGGGUUGGGAAUGAAAGGUUGUGCAGAAAAGUGUUGCUUUGAUGACUGGAAAGUACAAAUUGGUCAUUUUCCCCACUUGAAUUUUGAGCACGUAAUGUGUUUUGCAGUGGCAGUUGAAAAACAAAAGAGUUCAACAAUUGUCAGGCGUCCAAAUGCACUUAACAUCACAUCGGGGGGGGGGGGGGUGGGGACAGCCCAUGGAUGGGGUCAGAAUCUGAGAAGGGAAAGGUCAAAGGAGAGAGUGACUUGAUCCAUUUAAAUGAGCCCCGUGGGGCAAUGGUGGAGAUUGAGAUUUUGGCUUCAGGACAAGAUUCAUGGUGUUACGAGAGGUGAAAAAUUGUGUGCAUCACCUAAAUUAUACGUUUUCAAUAAACGUGUGUGUGUGUGUGCACGUGUGUGUGCACGUGUGUGCCGUCUUGUGUGUCUGUGUGACCACAGUGUUUAUCACAUUUUCUCUGGAAUCUGGAGAUGAGGGUUUUCACUUUUGGGUUUAUUAUGUGUGUUUUAGUUUUGUGUGAUAGAUCCUGUUGGUUUUCCUUCUAGCUUUAAGACAUAACAGCUUCAUCCCGAACAAUACAUCCCUGUCCCAGAGUUCAGGAUGGGGGAUAUCUGAGAGAAUUUUCCCCAUGUGAAUCCUGUUUUUUUUAGUCUGAAAAAAUUGUCCAGGUUUUUUGUUUUGUUUUUAACGUUUGAGGGUGAACUGUACACAGCUUUUUAACAUCUUCCCCUAAGGGGGGCAUACGCAUGACAUGUUGCCCAUCCAAAGUGUGAGAAGUGAGAUUAAAUCAACUUCUCCGUCACUGCCAAUGGUGUAAGGGAUAGAGGUAUUAACAAAUCUUCCAGCAUGGAUUGAUUUUACAGAACCAUUUCCACAUUUAUAUAUAUGAACAUAUAUUGGACUUCUACAACUGUAAAUCUUGUAACCUAAUGUAAAGGAAAAAAAAUAUAUAUACGCCGCUUUUAAGGGUUUUUUUUUUAAUACAUACCAAUUCACUAUCGCGAAUGUAAAUAGUGACUCGCGAUCUGUGUUGCGUUGAGAUGAAUACAGUUGGUGUAAAUUACAACGGCAGGCGGAGAAAAAAGGAUGUUGGCAAGAGGUUGUUGCCCCGCCCCCCCCCCCCCACCGUUAUGUACAGUUUUGUAGUGCUGACGCACACACACGCGCGCGCCACAUUUGGGGACCAAAGCGUUCGUGCCAUUUCUGCGGAUGGUUGUGUUCUCGAUUAGAAAAGUAUCAUGCUCCUUUAUUAUAUAAAUACAGUAUAUAGAUAUAUUAUAUAUUAUAAAUAAGCAAGAAAAUAAAAAAAUGAGCAUUGAGGAGGAGCUGGGUUUCUGGGGGGCUGUGCCCUUUUCUCAGAAUAUAGAAUUAAUCAAAAAUUCCUAUCCUAUCGCUUGCUUACAGCCUGCUGAAUUGUGUCCUCUGUUGUCCAGGGAUGGGGGAGAUCCCUUUGAAAAUGCCCUUGCUAUGUUUAAAAGAAAAAAAAACUUUGUUUACAUGAAUCGCCCUUUAAUACUGUACAUGUCCCAGCUGGUGUGAGUGAAACUUACAUUUUGUUCGUGUUUGUGUGUUUUAUUUCUGACGGCGGGGAAAAACAAAAGGGAUAAAAAAAAUGUACAAAAAAAAAAACAGACGUAACAUUGGGUAGUGUGUUGCCCAUUCAUAUGUACCUUUGAGCUUAAUUGUGACACUUAAAAUUAAGUGUGUGGAGGCAGCAACGGUUUCAAAAAUUACCCUGUGUACAAAACGCAUGUCCCUGUAUGGGCCGUAUGUGUGUGUAUAUACGAUCUAAUUAUUAUUUUUCUUUAUUUUUGAUUUUUUUUUGGUCAGGGUAAAGGCGAUCGUGGGUGAAAUAUUGGGAACCGGAAAAGGGUGUCAUGUGGGGGGGGGGGGGGGGUGAGGGGCAAGUUUAAAGAAUUGCAUAGUAUUCAGUUUGUUUCUUCUGUUUGUACAAUUUCAACUCUGAAAAGUGUAAAUUUUUAUUUUAGUAUGUAUACAGUAUACCUUAUGAAUACGUGUACAUAGUUGUAUAUAUAACACAGGUUUUACAGUUGCCUCUUGUGUUGGAAACUCACAUUUUUGUAUUAUCACCACUCGCCCCUGUAACACUGUACGUAUUCUGUUCAAAGUGUAGUAUUUGGUGUACAUACUGAACUCACAGGUAAUGUUUAACAGUGAGGAUGUAAUUAGGAUGUAAUCAGUUCUUGCAAGACAAUAAUUUCUAUAUUUUGCAUGUACAGAUGCGGAUAUCAGUGUCAGAGUAUAUGUUGGUAAAUAAAUGCACCCUAAAAUAUCUGAAGUGUGUAUGUCCAAUUUUCAAAAUGUCAGCAACUAAUAUAUAGUUUAUAUUAAAUUGGCUUAUAAACUAUUUUAUUACACAUCAUUCGGCUGUUUCAUCAAACAUGUCAGAUUAUAUGAAUGAUUUGGUAUGGCUUCACACCUAAAUUGCAUAGUGUUCAGUUUGAAAUCGUGUUUCUCAUUACCUGUUAACCACGAGCUUGUUGCUUCCACCUUUCAUGGCUGUUGUUGAUAACGAUGUGAUUUAUAAAUCCGCUAAAGUUAGACCUAGAAGGUUACAGACCUGGAACGUCUAAAGCGCAAGCUUUCAACUUGCACUUUAUACGAAACGAGGACUGCUCUGUUCAUCUUUAAUUCUCUUAUCUUGGUGGGAGGCUACCUUCCGACAUCAAUAUGGAGAGACAUGCAUUGGCCGAAUGUCUUCACAGCACUUGCUAAGAAAUUUCCACAAAGUAUGAUUCCAUAUGUAAAUCGUCACAAAUUUGAAGAUCCGAGAAAUUCUUAGGUGCCAAGCCGAGAGUUGAAAAUGUGUAAUUGCUCAUAAAGUUCCUCCGAUUAAACAAUAUCACGUCUGUUUUAAUUCUCGGUUUGUAAAGGGCAAAUACUUAUUGCUUGGAAAUUAUGAAUGCAAGUGCUUUUGAUCAUCAACUCCUACCUCACUGUAAUUCAUAUUUUCUUUUUGCCGAUAUUUUAAAUUCACUUAAGACGUACACUGUUUCAUUGUCUUGUCGCUUCAUGUUCAUUUUUUUCCGUUUGGCAAAUUUUCAUCUGUAUGGCAUUUGUUAUUUUAUCACAAGUGCUCUAUUGUGCUGUAUCCGCGUUUAUAUUUUGCCAUCAAGACAGGUAAUCCUUGAAAAAAAAGUCUCAUUGUGCACUUGCCUCAUAAAGAUUUUACAUAUAUCGCGACACGUUGAGUGCAUUCUUUUGAUGUGUAAAUUACCUUCAUUUUUUACCCAUUAAUAUCAGGAGCACUUUUAGGUGAAGGAUGAAUUUUUUAUAUAUACGGGAAGACAGGAGCCAAACCCGAGAUGACAGGCCUAGUUAUUUGAUGUAAGGGUCGUGUGAUUGAGGCUUGAAGCAAGACUUGCGCUCCUUGCAUACUACCUGCAAAACGAAUUUACUCUACAACCUUAAGCACAUGUUCGAAGAGGAAAUCAAAUGAGUAAUUGCAUUGAUAUGACUCAACAUUGCUGUUGACUACGAGAACGACCUGCUUUCUCGAGAACAUUGUUUACACAGAUGGCUCACAUUGUUGACAAUGGUUCCUCAUCUUGUGUUCUAGUUUUGUAAACAUUUGUUUGUAUAAAGAUAGUUCGAACCACUUCUUGGACAAAUACAUACACUUAUAAGUAUAA